AUGAGUUCCAGGAAAGUCGUGUUCAACAUCAGCCGGUCAUACGAGACAAAGCAGGUCUUGGGUGAAGGUGCUUAUGGAGUGGUGGCGUCAGCAGUGCAUAAGCCGACGGGCCUAACUGUGGCCAUCAAGAAGAUCGAACCUUUUUCGAAGACAAUCGUGUGUCUUCGUACUAUCCGGGAACUCCACCUAUUGAAUUUUUUUCGCAAUCACGAGAACAUUAUUGGGUUUUACGAUGUGCAGCGGCCCAAAGACUUUGAGUCGUUCAAUGAGGUGUACUUGAUCCAAGAAUACAUGCCCACAGACUUGCACAAGCUCAACCAUUCGCUGGAUAUUCUGGACAAACACAUCCAGUACUUCAUUUACCAGAUUCUUCGGGGAUUGAAAACCAUCCACAGCGCAAACGUGAUUCACCGCGACCUCAAGCCCCUGAAUGUGCUCGUAAAUUACAACUGUGACGUGAAGAUCUGUGAUUUCGGCUUGGCCCGGAUUAUGGGGUCGACGAUGCUGCCGCUAGAAUCAAAACUCACCGAGUACGUCGCCACACGCUGGUACCGGGCGCCCGAAAUCAUGCUUCUGCAGUCGAUGUACACUACUGCAGUUGACCUCUGGUCCGUGGGGUGCAUGAUGGCCGAGCUUUAUUUGGGAUACCCGCUAUUUCCCGGAAAGGACUACAAGCACCAAUUGCUCCUCAUAUUCCAAUAUUUGGGCACCCCGGAGGGCGAGGACUUGGAAUGCGUCAAACUGCCCAGAGCAAGAGACUACAUCCAGCUGUUGCCUCGGCAAAGAGCGGUCGAUGUUUUCCUGUACUUCCACAACCAUCCUCGCCGCAUCCAGAGGUUCGGCACCGCGACCAUAAAUCCACUAGGGCUUGAUUUGAUGACGAGGCUCUUGACGUUUGACCCCGAGAAACGGAUCACUGCCAGCGAAGCGUUGAAACAUCCAUACCUAGAGCAAUACCACGACCCGUCCGACGAGCCCAUCACUAAAGUGAAAUUAGAGCCCGACUACUUGGACCAAAAAAGCAAAAGCGAUCUCAGCAUCGACGCGUUGAAAACAUAUUUGUAUGACGCAAUUCUCGAGAUGACGCGGUCUCGUCUCAAAUAG